UUUUGUAGGUGGAGCCAGGCAUACUAUAAUAUCGUUUGAUUGUUGACAAAACUUUGCUGGCUGGGCUGGCAGCGUCGUUUUUGUCUUCAGAGCCCGAAGUUUAUGCUCAAUUUUAUGUUUUGUUGCUUUGUAUCUGGCAGAUACGUACAUUUUGCCCUGCUGCACACACACAGAGCGCGCGCACAGGUUGCCACGGCGAAAGGUUGUCAUUGUUGUCGUCGCCACCGUCGUCGGGCCAUCAUCAUCCAUUGUCACAAAACUAGCGACGGUCGUUUUACAAGUCUAUUCGUCUAUGCUAUCUAACCGUUAGAUACAGUGACAAUUGUGUUAAGGGCCACGGAAGUCAACGUCAUUCAAUAUAUACAAAUUUUUGAUUAUAAUGGCCAAGUGCUGCAAUUGUGAAGUGCCUACAGUUUGACAAGAGCUCAACUAUUGGAUAAUAAAUCGGGCAAUAUACCAGCGAUACACACACAUAUAUAUACAUUAUAUAUACACUCGUGCGACUGUGGAUUAAACGCAUUUGUUUUGGAAUAUGGUUGUUUUAAAUGGCUACACGUUCAAGGCGCACUACCAACAACUCUCACAAACAGAGCCGCAUCUGCAUCCGCAUCCGCAUCCACAGCUACAGCAGCAGCAUCAUCAGAGUCAACAGAGCCACUUGCAGGCAGCAUCCAGCGGGAUGUCGACGCACAACAACAACACUCACAACAACAACAACAACAACAAUGUCAGCAAGAGUAAACGAGAUUGGGACAUCAACGACGCGAUCGUGCCGCAGGUGGCCGACAUGGAGUUCGAUGAGUUCAGCGAGUGGAGCGACGGUCAUGUCCGGCUGGUCUACUCGGUGCACAACGAGGAGGCCAAGAAGCACAUCUCCGGCUGGGCCAUGCGCAACACCAACAAUCACAAUGUGAACAUCUUGAAGAAGAGCUGCCUGGGCGUGCUCGUCUGCUCGCAGCACUGCACAUUGCCCAACGGCAGCAAGAUCAAUCUGCGGCCGGCGAUAUGCGAUAAGGCGCGACGCAAACAGGAGGGCAAGGCGUGCCCCAACAAGAGCUGCCGCGGCGGCCGGCUGGAGAUCAAGCCCUGUCGCGGCCACUGCGGCUAUCCGGUCACACAUUUCUGGCGGCAUUCCGGCAAUGCCAUCUUCUUUCAGGCCAAGGGCGUGCACGAUCAUCUGCGACCCGAUCCCAAGAACUCGAGCGUCUCGAAGCGAGCCUUCGGACGAGUUUCUCUCACGGCCGGCAAGAGCAGCUCCAGCCUGACGGGCAGUAGGUCGAGCAGCGUGCCCAAGAAGUCGGUCAUAGCAGGCCUGGUGAAGCAGGUGAAGCAACAGAAUCUCAUGAGCAAAGUGCUCAAGCGCUCCGCAGCCAGCCAGCCACUGGGUCACUCAGCUCUGGAGAUAUAUCAAUUCAAUGCCUGCGGCAAGUGCACCACGUAUAGCCACUGCACGUGCAGCUAUUUGGAGGACAGCACGCGCGCCCAUCAGCUGAGUCAAUCCUCCAACUAUAUGAACAGCUCCUGGCCGCUGGCCAAUGUCGCCAGUGAAGCAGCCAACUGUGAAUCCUCGGCGAAUGUGUUCACGGUGAAUCAUCAGCAUAUCACCUACAAUUAUCCCAUCUACCAUGCCACGCCCACGGCUGCCACAGCCGCGCCCAGCAAAUCGCCCAGUCUGCCCUACACGUGCAUCUCGGAGCUGGCCUACCAGCCGCCCAAUCACCCCCAGUCCACUCCGUCUGGCUUCGCUAGCAACGCCCUAGGCAACAGCAGCUGUCAGCUGGCAUACGAGUCGAGUCCACAGCUGGCUACGCCGGAGCCGGAGUUCAUCAACUACUCGCAGAUCAAGCACCUCGAGCUGGGCUGCAAGAACGAAACGACGCCCACCAUCAAGUACAAUGCGACCGUGGAGACGCAGCCGGUGGCGAGCUAUACGGAGGAUAACUACGAUUACUACUACCAGCGUGAGUCAACCAAGUCCGACUACGAACUGCAGCAUCAGCAUCAGCAGCAACAGCAACAGCAGCAGCAGCAAGAUCAGCAGCAGCAUUACGGCAACAUUUCCGGCGGACACGCUCACUACUACGAAAGCGCCAAUAGCUACAGCGGCGUCAGCUACUUUGAUACGGGCACCACGGCGCCAGGUGGCGCCAUAAGCAGUAGCAGCGGCUGCGGCAGCGGCAACGGCUUGAAUCCGAGUCUGGAGCACGGUUCCAGCUACGGCAGCUAUUACGAUCAUUAUGCCAACUAUGAGCAACAGAUGGCGGUAGCAGCGAAUGGCUUUGCUGCCGCCGGCGGCUCUGCUGCAGCUGCUGCUGCUGCCGCGGCCGCUGCUGCGGCCUCAGCUGUCACAGCUGUGGCGCCACCUGCGCCSACGCUCACCUAUCAUCAUCAUCAUCACCAUCAUUUGCAUCAUUCGCCGCAACACGCCCCCCCACAAGCAGCCGCCCAUGCGGCCCAUUGA